AUGGAGGAACCAACCCUACCGGAAGAGAUGAUAGUGCUCAUCCUCACCUUCCAUUCCCUCAUUCUCUCCGACCCCAAAUUCGCUCAAUCCCAAUUUCGAGCAGCUCGUGACCGGAAAGCUCCAAAUAGCAGACUCCUCUGCUCCUCUUGUUUUAAACUCAGAGCUCGAUUCGAAUCAAUAGACUUGGAGUCGCCGUCGUUUGGAGAUUCUUCUUCUGUCAGAGAGCUCAACAGUGGGCUCCUUAGUGUAUUACUGGGCUCCUGCAAUGGUAUUGUAUUUCUCGCUUUUGAUUACAAAAUAUUUUACAUGAGGAACCCUUCCACUGGUUUCUUCAAGAAAUUACCUGACCACCCUGGGUUUUCCCCACAUUUAAAUGAGCUCGUUGCUUUUGGCGUUGGCUAUUUACCGGCCACCGAUGACUACAGAGUCCUCGUGGUCUCCCAUAUUAUUGAAACUAAGGAUGAGGCCGCCAUUUUCUAG